AAAAUAUUUUAUUUUAGAUUAUUUAACAAUGAUUGCUCCCCAUCGUUUAGAAGGCAUUGAUUGCACUGAGGGUGGCUUAAUUAUUAAAAAAAAAAAUAAUGAUAAUGAAUUUAAAAAACCAACAUGUAGUGUGUUAGGAUUACAGAAGCUUGCUGAAGAAAAGCGAAAAAGAAUUGAAAAUAUAAAAAAAGAAAAAAUUAAUAAUGAUGGUAGUAAAAAUGAUGAAAAUUCUAUAACAGACAAAAAUUACAGAAAGUAUCGUCCUGAAACUCCAUCCAAUACAGGUGGGGUAAAUGAAACAGCAAAGUAUAAUAUAAAUAAACGUAGAGAAAGAGACAAAGAUGACCGUAAAUCUGGUGUUUAUGCUGAAACAGAACAAAAGAAAAAACGAGACAAUAGAUACACAAGUGAAGAAAAGGUUAUAAAAAGUAGAAGCAGGGAAUUAUCUAACCGGUAUGCUGAAUGGGAAGAUACACCAAGUUCUAGACAUUCAAGAGAUUAUCAAGAUGUGACUCCAAGGAUGAAUUAUGAACCAUCUCCUGCACGCAGUGGAUGGGGGGAUUCUAAUCAUAGUACUUCUGAGUGGGAUAUUCCAUCACCACGUUCUAAAAGUAGUUAUAAUGACCGAUCAGAUCGAAGAUCUGAACGAAAUACAAAAUAUAGUUCUCAAUCAGGAAGACAUGCAGAUGAAACACCAAGAUUUACACCAACUCAUAAGUACAAUAGUUGGGCAGAUGAUAGGAAACCUGGAAGCUCAAUCCGUGAUCAAAGGAGUCCUGAAAAAAAUGCUGAUGGAUUCGAGGAGUGGGAAAAUGAGCAAAAAGAUUUAGAUCGAGCAUGGUAUGACAUGGAUUCUGGGUAUGAUGCAAAACAGAAUCCUUUUGCAAAUGUUUCUGAAGAAUAUAUUAAGAAAAAAGAAGAGUUGUUAAAAAAGCAACAUCAGAAAAAGCGGUCUGCAAGAGCAAGGCAAGUUCAAAAGGAUAAUGAUAUGUGGGAGACAAAUCGUCUUUUGACAAGUGGAGUGGUAUUACGUACUGAGUUUGAAGAAAAUUUUGAUGAAUCAGAUGAGGCUAAAGUUCAUCUACUUGUUCACAACAUAGUACCCCCAUUUUUAGAUGGAAGAAUCAUGUUUACUAAACAGCCAGAACCAGUUAUUCCUUUAAAGGAUCCAACUGGCGAUAUGGCAACUGUAUCCCGCAAAGGGUGUCAUUCAGUUCGUGUUCAUCGAGAAAAAAAAGAGGCACUCAAAGCUCAAAGAAGAGAGUGGGAAUUAGCUGGAACUAAAAUAGGUGACAUUUUGGGUAUAGAAAGAAAAGAAGAUAAAGAUGACCUACAUGGAGAUGAAGGUGAUUAUAAGAAAUCACAACAAUUCUCAGAAGUCAUGAAAGAAAAAAGUGAAGCAUCCAGUGAUUUUUGUAAAAAAAAAACCCUUAAAGAACAGAGGCAGUAUUUACCUAUAUUUGCUGCACGCUCAGAGUUGCUUACAAUUAUUCGUGACAACCCUGUUGUUGUAAUAGUAGGUGAGACAGGAUCUGGUAAAACAACCCAGCUGACGCAGUAUUUGCUUGAGGAUGGUUACAGUAAGUACGGUAUUAUAGGAUGUACACAACCUCGUCGUGUUGCGGCCAUGUCUGUUGCAAAACGUGUUAGUGAAGAAAUGCAAGUAAAACUUGGUGAUGAAGUGGGUUAUGCUAUACGUUUUGAAGAUGUUACUAAUGAGAAAACCAUCAUCAAGUAUAUGACAGAUGGAAUUUUGUUAAGAGAAUGCUUAGCAGGAUCAGACUUGGAUACUUACAGCUGCAUAAUUAUGGAUGAAGCUCAUGAGCGUUCUUUAAAUACUGACGUUUUGUUUGGUUUACUAAGAGAGGUUGUAGCACGUAGAAACGACAUGAAACUUAUUGUAACAUCAGCAACUAUGGACUCUUCCAAAUUUUCAAACUUUUUUGGAAAUGUGCCAGUUUACACAAUCCCUGGUCGCACCUUCCCUGUCGAUGUUAUGUUUAGUAAAAAUGUUUGUGAUGAUUACGUUGAUGCAGCUGUUAAACAAGCGCUUCAAAUACAUUUAAUGCCUUCAAAUGGGGACAUUUUAAUUUUUAUGCCAGGACAAGAAGAUAUUGAAGUUACCUGUGAUCUGAUUUCUGAACGUUUGGGAGAAAUUAAAGAGGUUCCUCCUCUGGCUGUUCUGCCGAUUUAUUCACAGUUACCCUCUGAUCUUCAGGCAAAAAUAUUCGAAAAAGCACCAGACGGUGUUCGAAAAUGCGUUGUUGCUACAAAUAUUGCUGAAACAUCUUUAACUGUUGAUGGUAUUUGUUUUGUUGUAGAUGCUGGUUAUUGUAAGUUAAAAGUAUUCAAUCCGCGAAUCGGUAUGGAUGCUCUUCAAGUUUAUCCUAUCAGUCAAGCAAAUGCAAAUCAGCGCUCAGGGCGAGCAGGUAGAACUGGUCCUGGUCAUGCUUAUAGGCUAUAUACUGAACAUCAGUAUAAAAACGAAAUGCUUCAAUCAACUGUUCCAGAAAUUCAAAGGACUAACUUAGCAAAUGUUGUGUUACUAUUAAAAUCGCUAAAUGUAGAAGAUUUACUUGAGUUUCAUUUUAUGGAUCCUCCACCACAAGAGAAUAUUCUUCAGUCAAUGUAUCAAUUGUGGGUUCUUGGUGCAAUAGAUAACACUGGUUCAUUGACAAAAAGUGGAAGACAAAUGGUAGAAUUUCCUCUUGAUCCAGCACUCUCAAAAAUGUUAAUUGUUUCAUCAGAAAUGGAUUGUGCUGAUGAAAUACUGACAAUAGUAUCAAUGCUAUCGGUGCCAUCUAUAUUUUCUCGACCAAGAGGUCGUGAAGAGGAAAGUGAUACAGCUAGAGAGAAAUUUCAAGUCCCAGAAAGUGAUCAUUUAUCAUAUCUGCAUGUAUAUCAACAAUGGAAGGCAAAUGGGUAUUCUGGUACAUGGUGUAAAGAACAUUUCAUACAUCCUAAAGCUAUGAAAAAGGUUCGUGAAGUACGCUCCCAGUUAAAAGACAUUAUGAAAACUUUAAAAAUGACAAUUAGUUCAUGUGCUUUCAACCACGAUUUAGUGCGUAAGACUAUUUGUUCAGCAUAUUUCCAUCAAUCUGCAAGGCUGAAGGGUAUAGGAGAAUAUGCAAAUUUACGUAAUGGAAUGCCCUGUAAUUUGCAUCCGAGCAGUGCUUUGUAUGGAAUGGGUUAUUCACCUGAUUAUGUUGUGUACCAUGAACUUAUUAUGACGUCUAGGGAAUUUAUGCAAUGUGUUACAGCAGUAGACGGCGAAUGGUUGGCAGAAUUAGGUCCCAUGUUUUUUUCAAUAAAAGAAUCAGGACUAUCUAGAACAGAAAAACGUCGCCAAGGAAACGAAGCAAAACGUAAAAUGGAAUUAGAAAUGAAAGAAGCCAGUGACAUAAUUAAGGCAAGAAAAGAAGAAAAGUUAUCGAAGCUAACACCUAUAGCAAGAACUCCUAUUGCCACACCUGGCAGAAAAGAUUCUACUCCAAAGAGGACACCAGCAAGAUUUGGGUUAUAGUUAGGAUAAUGUUCUCCUUUACUAAAUCAACUUCAAUCAGCUAAAUCGACCAUCAGCAUGUUUUAUUCUAUGUCUUAAGAAUAAUUGCAGACGUACUAAAGCGUUUCAAAAUUAGGCCUAUGAAAGUAUCCUCCUACAACUGGCCUUUAUCCUCCUGAACUAUAUCAAAGUAAUAAAAAACAUCCUCUUGUAUAAUUAUCAUCCUCUUGUAUAAUUAAUUAAGCUUAUUGUAUUGAUUAAUUAUACUAACGUAAAUUAUUUCGUUUUAUAACA